AAGAAAAAAAAGAGAAUCCUUUGGUGAAUAAUGGAUCGUGUUGUUGGUGGUAAGUUCAAGCUCGGACGUAAGCUCGGAAGUGGUUCCUUUGGUGAAAUUUUCCUAGGAGUGAAUGUACAAACUGGAGAAGAAGUGGCUGUUAAGCUUGAACCACUCCGAGCUAGGCAUCCUCAGCUUCAUUACGAGUCAAAGCUUUAUAUGCUUCUCCAAGGAGGAACUGGUAUUCCUCACCUCAAAUGGUUUGGUGUUGAGGGUGAAUUCAACUGUAUGGUGAUCGACCUUCUCGGUCCUAGUAUGGAGGAAUUUUUCAACUAUUGCAGUCGAUCCUUCACUCUUAAGACUGUUCUAAUGCUCGCUGAUCAGAUGAUAAAUAGAGUCGAGUAUAUGCAUGUACGAGGGUUUCUUCAUCGUGAUAUCAAGCCAGAUAACUUUUUGAUGGGUCUUGGACGCAAAGCAAACCAGGUUUACAUCAUUGACUAUGGCCUUGCCAAGAAGUAUAGAGAUCUUCAAACACACAAGCAUAUUCCAUACAGGGAAAACAAGAAUCUUACAGGAACAGCUCGAUAUGCAAGUGUUAACACCCAUCUUGGAAUUGAGCAAAGUAGAAGGGAUGAUCUGGAAUCUCUUGGCUAUGUGCUUAUGUAUUUUCUUCGAGGAAGCCUUCCUUGGCAAGGCCUUCGUGCAGGUACCAAAAAGCAGAAGUAUGACAGGAUCAGUGAAAAGAAAAGACUAACACCAGUGGAGGUCCUCUGUAAAAACUUUCCACCUGAGUUCACAUCGUAUUUUCUCUAUGUGCGUUCAUUACGGUUUGAAGACAAACCAGAUUAUUCAUACCUAAAGAGGCUUUUCAGAGAACUAUUUAUCCGAGAAGGUUAUCAGUUUGACUAUGUAUUUGAUUGGACAAUAUUGAGGUAUCCACAGUUCGGCUCCAGUUCCAGCUCCAACUCCAAACCAAGACCAAGUUUAAGACCAGCUAUGAAUAUUCCAGUACCAUCUGCCGACAAAGCAGAAAAGCCUUCAAUUGGGCAGGACAGUCGCGAGAGGUUCUCAGGUGUUUUCGAGGCAUACACCAGAAGAAAUGGCUCAGGAACCGGCGUUCAAGCUGAUCAAUCUGGUAGACCAAGAACCUCAGAGAAUGUUCUUGCAUCCAAGGACACGCAAAACCAGGAGAGACCAAUAUCUUUAUCUAGGAACCUGAGUUCGUCAAGAAAAGCAAUUGCUGGGUCAAGUGUUCGAGCCACUUCCUCAGCUGAUUUCACAGAGAAUCGAUCAAGCAGACUCAUCCCAAACAACGGUCGGUCCUCUACAACUCAGAGGACCCAGUUUGCUCCUUCGUCCUCCUCUUUAGCCACAAAGGCUGCACCAACGAGAACCGCACGGGACAUUACCCUCCAGAGCCUCGAGCUCCUCAGUAUUGGGAACAGCAAGAGGAAGUGAUUAUCUGCAUUUGUCGCCCGCCAGGUUCACAGUUGGAUCAUAUUUAUUAUCCAUCUUUGUUUCAGAAAUUAUUGUUAAGUAAGAAACAAACUUGAUUUGU